UCAGAGAGGACUCGACGACAGAAAAAGAGACGUGGAGAAGUUGGACGGAGACUCAAAACAUCGAGAUAUAUUAACAAACUAUCUUCUCGGACAAGGUAUUGAGCCAAAGUAUCUUCGUUGGGAAUGGGUUCUUUUAUUUUUAAGCCUUUAAAGGGCAUAAAUUAGACUUGGGUUUGGAUUACCGUCGUCACCGGAGACCUAAAUCCACCCGUUAUAAACAUUUUGCGUGAGCGGCAUUCCUGCGCCUGCCGCCUGGACGGAGUUUCUAUUUCUUCUCCGUUGGAUUUGCAGUGGGAGAGAUGAGUGACAGGAGACGAUCCGCUGCUGCUCUGAGUUCACGAGCGCACGCCUUUUCGGUUGAAGCCCUGAUCGGGACAAACAAGAAGCGGAAGCUCCGGGGCUGGGAAGAAAAGGAACUGGAGCUGUCUAUGGAGAACCUCGCGAGCAACGGACAAUUGGGAGACGGCGAGGAUCCUGCUAAUUGUCUGGACAUCGACCCGGAUUCAGAGGCCAGCCCGGGCUCCGACGGCGAGGGUCUGGCGGAGAGGACAUCGUGCUCGUUCGGUUCCCCGGCGGACCUGACCCCCACCGCCUGCGACCCCUCGCCCUCAGCCUCCAUGGAGGAGAUCCAGGUGGAGCUGCAGUGCGCUGACCUGUGGAAACGCUUCCACGACAUCGGCACAGAAAUGAUCAUCACAAAGGCAGGAAGGAGAAUGUUCCCUGCUAUGAGAGUUAAAAUCGUGGGACUGGAUCCACAUCAGCAGUAUUACAUCGCCAUGGACAUUGUACCUGUGGACAACAAGAGAUACAGGUAUGUGUAUCACAGCUCUAAGUGGAUGGUGGCAGGAAACGCGGAUUCGCCAGUGCCGCCCAGGGCCUACAUCCACCCGGAUUCACUGGCUUCAGGAGACACCUGGAUGAGACAAGUGAUCAGCUUUGACAAACUCAAACUCACCAAUAACGAGCUGGAUGAUCAAGGCCAUAUCAUCCUGCACUCGAUGCACAAAUAUCAGCCCCGUGUCCAUGUGAUCCGGAAAGACUUCAGCAGCGAGCUCUCUCCAACCAAACCUGUUCCUACUGGGGAAGGAGUAAAGACGUUCAGCUUCCCAGAGACCGUCUUCACCACGGUCACAGCCUACCAGAACCAACAGAUUACCCGUCUAAAGAUCGACCGCAACCCAUUUGCCAAAGGAUUCCGGGACUCAGGGAGAAACAGGACUGGGUUGGAGGCAAUAAUGGAGACGUAUGCUUUCUGGAGACCUCCAGUAAGGACGCUGACGUUUGAAGACUUCACCAACAUGCAGAAACAGCAAGGAGGGAGCACUGGCACCUCUCCCACUACUUCCAGCACUGGCACUCCAUCUCCCUCCGGUGCGACGCACCUCCUCUCCCCUUCCUGCUCCCCUCCUACUUUCCAUCUGGCGCCCAACACCUUCAAUGUGGGCUGCAGGGAGAGCCAGCUGUGUAACCUGGGCUUGUCUGAGUACCCUGCAUGUGCCAGGAGCAACAUGGCCGCCCUGCAGGGCUACGGAGGACUGGCCGACGGCUCCUACGGUCGCCUCCAGACCACAGGAGGCGCUGUAACCUCUGCCCAGGCCUCCGAUUCCUUCCUGCCUCAGAGGACUUCCUCUCUCAUUGCUGCAGGAAUGCAGGGAGGGGCUCACGCCUCAUUGGCUGCUGGAAACGGCAGCGGCGGAAGCAAGAUGGAUGCAUAUGGAAGUCAGCUGGCCUCUUUUCCCGCGUCCCAACUGCAGUACGUCAUGCAGGCAGGGGCGAGCUCCGCCUCUGGGUCAUCGGCUUCCUCUGGGUCCUCCCCCUCCUCCGCCCACAUGUUCUCUGGGAGCCAUCAUCAUGUGCAGCAGAGCACAUAUAAUGCCUUUUCCCUUCACAAUCCCUACAACCUGUAUGGAUACAACUUCCCGGCCUCACCGCGCCUGGCGGCCAGCCCAGAGAAACCUCAGGGUGGCUUACUGUGCUCCUCUUCCUCCGCUGGAGCGUUUGCCGAACGUCAGUACCUGUCCAACAGCGGCAUGGACAGUAUGCACAUGAUCAGCAACCCCGCCGGCAGCCAACAGGGGGCUGGCAGCUGUGAUGGCCGCCAGUAUGGCUCCUCUUCACAGAUGUCCAUGCACAUGGUUUGAAGCCAUUGAAAAUAAACCAAAAACAGAUCAAAACACCAAGCACGAACAGCUGCUGCAGUCUUUUGCUCAGCAUUACUGGGUUUUCAGAGUAUUAUUAUUCAAAAUGUCUGACACAUUGGCGUGAGCAGUUUGCCAUUGUGAUGUUGGUGACACCAGCUGUUCAGUGUGGACUUAUUACACACA